AUGGCCGACGUGUUUGCGAAACAAGAAGACCACGCCGCCCCUGCUGAUGUUUCCUCAGCAGGGCGAGGUGACUACAUCGUGUCGAGCAGGCAUAUCGGCCAAUUUUCGACACAUCCGAUCCCCAAGCUGCAGGGCGCGUUUGAAGAGUCGAUAGCGGAGACCCGCCAUAUAGCAAAAUCACAUUCAAUCGAGCUUGAUGCUCAAACGAGACGCCGAGAUCUCCUUGAGACACCGAAAUAUGAGCGACUCUGUGGUCGAAAAUGGCGCCAAAGAGCAGAUGAGCAAUACCAUCCACUCUGGAAGCUUACCGCCCAAAUGUCUUUCGGUGUCUAUCUUCUGGUCGGAGGAUUGGCCAAGUCAGAUACGGAAGUUCUAAAAAUUCUUCAAUCCCACGUGGACGAAGUAGAUGGAUUCUUAGGGAGAACAGCGGAGGAUUUUUCCCUUAUACAGCUUGAUGUGCGAACACGCUUACAGUAUCUUAGUCUACCUCUGAGGAACUUAAAUUGUUUCGACGAGAUGCUGAGUGACCGUAGCUUUCGUCUCUCGAUAAUAGACUACAAUGAGCGGAUUGAACAUGCGGUUGAGAGAUUCACGAUCGCAGUCCAGGAUGCCCUGAAGGACAUACAGAAGGGAGGGGAAGCGAUUGGUGCCCUUUGGAAAUACCUUCUAGAAUCGGCAAAUGAGUAUGACCCAUUGCCUGCGAGAAUGGUAGCUAUCUAUAAUGCCAUGCUAUCGAAUGCAGAGGGUUGGAAUGAUGCGUUCUCAGAGCUUCAGCAAAAGGGAGUGGCCCUUCAAGAUGCACUUGGUCAACUUGGCUUGGCUAUAGCUGAAAUGCAGCAACGUGUCGGCGUGGCAAGCCGAAAGUCCGUGUUCUCCUCAAUACCAGCACAGCGCUCUAAUCGGCUCCUGCGAGGACGAUCGCUUAAGGAACGAGUCUUUGAGGGUCGUCCCAGUGCCACAACCUGCUCUUCCGCUUUAUCCAAACCUCUUCCUCGUGCCCCAGAUCUCCCACAAUCAGUGUCUACUACCUGGCCGACAGAGCGCCGAAGGCUGGCGCAGAAAAGUGUUCCAAAUUUAAGGGCGGCCGGGAGAAGCGCCGAACAGAGCCCUUUCCAAAUAACAAGUACAGCAGCAUCUGUCACUGAAAUUGCGGAAACCGAAACCUCGAAAGUAUUUGCCCCAAGCAUUCGGCGGAACUUAGUCACGCUCUCCAGAUCUACGUCGAAGCCGAUGGAACCUCAGGGUCAGCCAGUCCAGAGACCUUCGACGGCUGCAUCUAGGGCAUCAAGGGCUCGAAGCAUUUCUUUGAACCACCUCAAAUUCCUGCAUAAGAGCACAAGACAUGAAGGAGACUCCGCUACUACGCAAGCCGACAAGCCACCUAUGCCUCACGUAUCACUCAGGCGCGAGACGUUGAAAGCCCAGCUCUUGCAGUUUUUUAAGUCUGACCGCGUGCAAGAUGCCUGGGAUAUUGCAGCGCGCAAUGAGAAUGGGGUUGUUGAGAUGAAUUCUGGUCUUCAGAAAGAUGGACCGUGGAGUAAAUUUCACACCGGGUCGUCUAAACAUAAUGGUGCUGUGCGUGGGACGAAGACUGAUGUUUGCGCGCAAUCCUCAAAUGAAGAUAUGGCAUGGGUCCCCAAGAAAGACCCAGAGACGCUCAAUACCUACUCACUAAAGCCGAAACCCAAUACUGCACCUCGCUUCCACCUGUUCCCAGCCCAGACAAGCCUGCCCCAGGAGCUUAAGACGCUCAAGAUCAAGGUUACCACCAACGAUGGUGCAAGAACGCGGAAAGAAGUUAUGCAACCGGUGAUUACGGCUCUUCCUUCUAUACAUAUGAGAACGGCAUACGUGCAGCAGCGUUCUCCAGCUGCGCAUCAAUGA